AUGUCUUCCUGUGGUUACACUGCCAUGCGUACGCCUAUUGUCAAUAAGGGUCUGACAUUCACGGAAGAAGAGCGCAAACAACUCGGUCUACGCGGCUUGUUACCGGCCGCUGUGUCUACGAUUGAGUUUGAGACAAAGCGUGCCAUGGCCGCCAUUCGCCGCAAGACAUCGCCCAUCGAAAAGUAUUUAUAUAUGCAAAACAUGCAAAAUACGAACGAGGACGUGUACUAUCGUAUGCUCAUCGACCACACGACUGAGCUUAUGCCCAUCGUUUAUACGCCAACAGUUGGUCAGGGCUGCCAGGAGUUUAGCCACAAUUACUUGCAUCAGCCGCGUGGUCUCUUCGUAUCGCUCAAUGACAUUGGUCACGUCAAAGAAAUACUUGACAAUUGGCCAGAGAAGGAUAUCCACGCUAUCUGCUUCACGGAUGGCGAGCGCAUACUUGGUCUCGGCGAUCAGGGUGCCAACGGAAUGGGCAUCCCUAUUGGUAAGUUGUCACUGUACACAGCGUGUGCUGGUGUACCGCCCCACAUGUGUCUGCCCGUUGUGCUCGAUUGUGGUACCAACAAUGAAGAAUACUUGGCUGAUCCGUUCUACAUUGGUCUACGUCAAAAGCGUGACAGUGGUGACAAGUUCAAACAGCUUGUGGACGAGUUUAUGAACGCUGCCAAGACCAAAUACGGUGACAACGUUUUGCUGCAAUUCGAAGAUUUUGGUAAUUCCACUGCCUUUGAGCUGUUACGAAAGUAUCAAAAUACGCAUUGCACAUUUAACGACGAUAUUCAGGGCACAGCUUCAGUUGUCCUUGGUGGUUUGCUGGCUGCUGUGCCUUUGUCGGGGAGGUCCAUUUCGGAACAAACUUUUUUGUUUCUCGGUGCUGGUGAGGCAGGUACUGGCAUAGCUGAGCUUAUUGCUCGAGCCAUUGCUGAAGAGACUGGAAAGAGUGUGGAGGAGUCUCGCAAGCAAAUUUGGCUCGUGGAUUCGCGUGGUCUGAUAGUCGAGUCUCGCAAAAUUGAUUUACAGCACCACAAGUUGCCGUUUGCACACAAUGCUCCCGCCAGCCCUGAUCUCCUGUCCGCUAUUUGCCAAAUCAGACCAACUGCUUUGAUUGGCGUGUGUACUAUUCCCAAGACCUUCACAAAGGAAGUGUGUCAGAAAAUGAGUGAAUUAAAUGAACGCCCAAUUAUCUUUGCUCUCAGCAAUCCUACGUCAAAGGCCGAGUGCACGGCUGAGGAGGCUUACACUUUCACAAACGGCAGAUGUAUCUUUGCCAGUGGAAGCCCGUUUGAUCCUGUGGUGUACAAUGGCAAGCGCUACGUGCCUGGCCAAGGCAACAAUUCGUAUAUUUUUCCGGGCAUUGGUCUUGGCGUUGUUGCAUUUGGUUUGACCCACGUGGAUGACGAGAUUAUGAUCAUUGCUGCCAAAACUUUGGCGGCCAUGACCACCCCUUCUGACUUAGAGAUGGGAUGUGUCUACCCACCGCUGUCGAACAUACGCGAUGUGUCGCUUCAAAUCGCGGUGGCUGUGGCUGAGUACGGCUACGCAAAAGGCUUUGCUUCUAUUCCCAAGCCGGAAAAUUUACUUCAUUUUCUGACCAACUUCAUGUACAAUCCUUAA